AUGGCCUCGCCGGCUCCUUUACUGCGGCCGCCCAUUCCGGGUGGAGGGAGGUCGCAGAUGGGUAGUAAGAUGCCAAAGCUAGGCUUAGCCAUACCCGCGUCGCCCAACCAAAGACCGGUGAACAGCUCGGCCGCACCUCCAGUAGCGGAGAACGCGGCAUUACCACCUCUGGCCAUACCGAACAGACAACCUCCACAACUGCGCCUCGCGACGCCGUCAGGCACGAACCAGACACCACAUGAGAAUACACAGGCAAAGAGAAAAGGGCUGUCAUUGGUCAUGCCAGGGAGCGGAGGGAGCAGUGGAGACGACUCAGCGCUCAGCGGAGCACCGAGUUUCGCCGCCAGCAGCCAGCAGGGUGGGUCAAUAUCGACAACAUCCUCAACAUCAGCGACUUUGAAUUUCAACGACAUCAUCGGGCGAGCUAAUGAUACCGGGUCCGCUGCGUCGUCGACGAGCAUUGGAGCGCCGGGCAUGGCAAGGGAGAACAGCAAUCAGGGUAUAGAGAUAGACCUGGAGCGGUUGAGUCUGGAGAAGGGCGCUCCGUUGGACGUGGAGGAUUUGGAUGACAAUGGAUGGAAGGCUGCGAAGAAGGAGGGUAAGAUCAUCGAGCUUGGCAGCUUGGGAGAGGGGGCUGGAGGUGCCGUGACGAAGUGCAUGCUGAAAGGCGGCAAGACUGUCUUUGCGCUAAAGAUCAUCACUACCGACCCCAACCCAGACGUCAAGAAGCAAAUCGUCCGAGAACUUUCCUUCAACAAAUCCUGCGCCAGUGAUCACAUUUGUGAAUAUUACGGCGCUUUCAUGGAUGACACCGCUGGCACCAUCGGCAUCAGCAUGGAGUUCUGCGAAGGCGGCUCCCUCGACUCCAUCUACCGCGAGAUUAGGGAGCAAGGUGGCCGCAUUGGCGAGAAAGUGCUCGGUAAGGUCGCGGAAGGUGUUCUCAAUGGCCUGACAUACUUACAUGGCCGCCGCAUCAUCCAUCGCGACAUCAAGCCCAGCAACAUCCUGCUUACUCGAGGCGGCAGUGUCAAGCUCUGCGAUUUUGGCGUGAGUGGAGAGUUUGGCACGAAGGGUGACGCGAACACUUUCAUCGGGACGUCGUACUAUAUGGCUCCGGAGCGAAUAACAGGGCAGUCGUACACCAUCACGUCGGAUGUGUGGUCACUGGGCGUGACGCUGCUGGAGGUGGCGCAGAACAGAUUCCCAUUCCCUGCUGAUGGGACGGAGAUGAAUCCGAGAGCUGGACUGAUCGACUUGCUCACGUACAUUGUGCGGCAACCGAUACCUAAGCUCAAGGACGAGCCGGACAAGAAGCUCAAGUGGAGUGAUAUGUUCAAGUACUUUAUUGAGUGCUGUCUGGAGAAAGAGCCCAGCCGCCGUGCAACACCAUGGCGCAUGAUGGAGCACCCCUGGAUGCGGGAGAUGAUGUCGAAGAAGAUCGAUCUGCCUCGGUUCUUGAAGACUGUAUGGGCCUGGGAGGAGAAGGAAGCAUAG